UACAGAAGCUACCUUAUAACAAUACUUUUCCAGCUACCUUUUUUUUCUCUCCUCUCAUAUUUUCUUUUAAGUUGCUUUCAAAUAGAACUACAAGGACAUGCAAAUACAAAUGCAACCCUAGUUAAAAAAUAGACACCACUAUGUUAAUUAACUCAGUUCCCUUUCUAGCUAUUUUUCUCAUUAUAUAAAGCUUCUUCCACCAGUUUUAUAUCCUAUAACUAGAUCUCAUUGUUAAUUACUUUCUACACACUCUACACUUGAUAUCAAGAUGGAGGAAUCACUAAAUAUGAUGUGGAUGAAAAGGAAACAAAUCUUGCACUCACACAAUGAAGUAGUACCAUCAUUUGGAACCAUCAACAAUAGGUCUUGGGAGGAAAAAGCUUUUGCAGAAGAUGCAGCUAGGAUACUUGGUGGAUGUAUAUGGCCUCCAAGAUCUUACUCAUGUCACUUCUGUAAAAGAGAGUUUAGGUCUGCUCAAGCUUUAGGUGGUCACAUGAAUGUUCAUAGAAGAGAUAGAGCUAAGCUCAAACAAAGUCUUAACCACCAUAAUGAAUUAGAACUUCAUUCUCAUCACAAAAAUCAUUUUACAACAAGCAGAGAUAACUCUUCUACUUGGCCAUCAACUACAUAUACACAAGAAAACUGUUUUCAGCCAAACAUGUCUUCAUAUUCUUCUUCAAUUAAAUGGGGGAAUAACCACAAGGAGUCUCUUGAUUCUGAACAAAAAGGGCUAGCUAAUGCAAAGGAGCAAAUUUUCAAAGGUUAUGGUUGUAAUGAUUAUGUUGAAACAAGUUUGUCUAUGGGACAAAAUAAUUCAAUGUUUGGCCAAAAAUUGCAAACUGAGGAUGAUUCAUGUGGUGGGGACAAAGGCAUAAAUUAUAAAAGACCAAAGACAGCUUCCAUUUCUUCUUCACUGCCUGUCUUGCUGAAGCCAUGUUUGAAUGAUAGAUGUUUAACUUUUCAGUCUGCAGAGUUUGUAAUUGGAGUUAAGCCUGGAAUAGAAGACUUGGAUCUUGAACUCAGGCUUGGGAAACUAACACAGAAAGUUUAGCAUAUAGGACAGAAACAGAUUGUAAUGGAAUAUUAAUGGUCAGUGUUUUGUCCUUUUUCUAGUUUAUUAAUUAGAAGUUCAUAGAUAAAUAUCUAUGCAACGACCUUUAAUUUCUUUGUCUAAUUAAAACCUUGAAAAUAAUGACAAGGUUUCAUUAUUUUCAUGAAAUGUUUAACUUUUU